UGUCUACUCUACUGUUGGAACUCUUCUUCGUUUUUAUCAAUGCCACAGAAUUGCUAUUUUCCUUCUGUCAUUCAUUUCACUUUCGUUACAACACAGUCAACAAUGUCACCCACCGGGUUAUUUGCACCCUCACUUUGUCGAACCUUUUCUGGUUUGUUAUCCCGAAGAAUUGUCCUUCAAACAUCCACAUCAGUCCGACACCACAAUUUUGAUGGUGAAGCCUACAGUAAAACCAAUAUUUCUUUGAUGACAAAGGAAGAUGAAACCCACACAUACGUAGAAGCUUUCAGCCCAUACGGAUUCCGUCUCACUUCUGGAUUUAGAGUGCUCGGACCAUGUGCCCUGUUCCCUCGAGCUGUUCUUCACUGGAAUGUGUCAUCUGCAGACAAAAUUACUCCAGAAUCUUUGUCUCUCUUCUGUUUGCUGGAACCAAAACCAGACAUCUUGAUCAUUGGUAAGGGAGACUGGGAUGCAACUGUAAAUAAGGAAAUAAUCAGAUACUUGAGGAGCAAAAAAAUCAACGUGGAGAUUUUGCCUACAGAACAAGCUUGCUCCACUUUCAACUUCCUCAACUCAGAGCGUCGUGUGGUGGCCGCAGGGCUUAUCCCACCCUUACAAAUGGCAGAUCAAGAGGACUUCACCUUGGACACAGAUACAGGAAUGAGCUUGCUGGAUGGAAGCACAGAGUCUUUAGAAGACCCGCAGACAAGAAAGACAAUGGAAAUGUUCAAAGAAAAGGGUAUCAUGGACACUUUUGUUGAAUCAGAAAGACAAAGGAAACGUAGCUCAGGCAGGCACAGGCCUUGGGAGCAGACAAAUGAAGAUUCAGAGAAAAAAUAAUGUGAUGAUGUAUAUGAUGAUAGUUUCUGUAUGAUAUUCUAGUAUUUAAUACAUGAUGAAGUGACUUGUAAUAAUACUU